GAAGAUGGAUCCCUCUUCGGUUCGGUGCACUUGCACUGGGCACUGGCUGAUUGGGAGAUUCGAAAUCGAAAAGCUUUGCGGGCAGUUUCCAGGUCAGUUGAGGUUCAGACUUUGUGACCUAUGCGUUGGUCAAAUGUUGUUGGAUUAAAAGCCUAAAAGCAACAGGUUUCCACUGUAUAUCGGACCGUGAUAUGAUUGUAUAAUUUCUGAAGCAAUUCCAAAAAUUGUACUCCAACUACCACCACAAUGCCUUCUAUGUUUCUCAACAAGGUUGUACUCGUAACAGGGGCCAGUUCAGGAAUUGGUGCUGCCACUACAGCUCUGCUAGCUCUUCAAGGUGCCCAUCUGGUAAUCACUGGUAGAAAUGAAGCAAACCUAAAUCAGGUGGCUGAAAAGUGCUACGAAGAAACUUGGAAUCGUCCCAAAACAGUUUUGGGAGAUCUGACUGAUGAAGAGGAUGUGAGACGAAUUUUUCACUCAACUUUAACUUUCUACGGCCGAAUUGACGUUCUGAUUAACAACGCUGGUAUCCUCGAACAGGGCACUAUUGAAAACACAUCAUUGGACCAACUCGAUCGAAUGAUGAAGACUAAUGUCCGUUCAAUGUACCAAUUAACUAUGCUAGCCGUCCCGCAUUUAAUCAGUUCUCGAGGCAAUAUUGUCAACGUUUCCAGCGUCAACGGUAUUCGUCCGUUUACCAAUGUUCUGGCGUAUAACAUGUCGAAAGCUGCCGUCAACCAAUUUACUCAGUGUGUCGCUAUGGAACUUGCCAGCAAACUUGUUCGAGUCAAUGCAGUCAAUCCUGGUGUGAUAAUAACUGAGCUUCAGAAACGUGGUGGAAUGACAACCGACAUCUACAGGAAGGUACGCCAGUGCUUAAAACAUUUACGUAAAUUUCCGAUUCUAUCAAUAAUAAAUUUAAAUAAUUCACAGUUUAUCCGCCGGUGCCAAGAGACGCAUCCGUUGGGUCGCCCAGGGUUCGCCCAAGAAGUAGCCGAAGCUAUUGCCUUUCUUGCUUCUGACAAAGCAAGUUUCAUCACAGGUGUCACUCUGCCAGUGGACGGAGGGAGACAUGCCCUUUCGCCCCGUUAGACAGGGAAAAAAAUUUCCACUUUUUUGUUGACUACCUUUCACCACUUGAAAAAUUGUUAUGUAGAUGAUCUAAUCUUCUACACACAAAAAAAUCCCCUCCUCCCUUAAUCUCAAUGCAAUUUUACAAUCAUUUUCUUGUUGGAAUUUUUCUAUUGAAGCUCUUAAAAAUGAAAUUAGUUUGAUUGAUACAUUUUUGUUUCGGCUUUUUUCAUCAUCUCAGGUAUAAGCCGUUGCCCUCUGACUUUCUUUUCAACAGGAGAGAGAAACCAGGAUAUGUGUCAUACAAUUUAGAAUUCCCCAAAAAAGAAGAGAAAACUUUCCCUUUCUCCUUUUUUCUACGCUCCGGGCGUUUAUUCUUUGUGUUUUUUCAUCUCUUUUACGGCUGGUCAUCGUUAAACAUUUUGAAAGUUCCCGCUUAAACUCUCCAUUUCAUUUUGCAGUCAACCGGACCUGUUUUAUCCCAACAGGUUGAAGGAGAGAAUUGGAUUUCGUCCAUUAAUUAGGUAAUCAGUUCAAGGUUCUGCGAGUGACAUUUUCGCAACACAGCCGAGAGUCUGGAUAACCCGAUAGUGACCUCGUCCUUUUAACCCCCCUUGGCUUCAUUUGGUAUCUGUCAGACGUAGAGCAGUAGCUGCAGUACCGAUUUCCUUUUCAAGAGAAUGGCGUUUUAUUUUUGUAACACUACACACUACACACACACAAAAAUUGGGAUAUUGAUAUGUGCAGUUGCCAAAUGAUGGCCGGUCCCACCUUUCUUAGUUGCAGUUUAAGACACACAUACAAAGAAAAAAAGAGAAGAAAGUGAAAGCUGAGGCUGACGAAGACUAUUGGCAAGAUCUAAACUCUCUCGGAGCUGCAAUGGGAGGUAGUAGGUGGCACAUAAAAGAAGCAAAUGGUUAGUUCGGCCUGAUCAGUUGUGUCUUAGGAGCUUCACAGUUCACAGAGAAACGCUUGCGAAAUGCCCAACUUGUGUGUUUGGUACCUGAUUUUGGUGGUGUCGGCCGGUUUGAUCUCGUCGAUUCACUCGGUCCCAUUGCCGGCUGAUCCCGCUCCUGAAAAAGCUGCAGCAGCUCCUGCCGCCGAUACGAAAUCUGCGCCGGGCGUGGCCACCACCAGAACUCACCACAAGAAACACGGAUUCGGUGGGCUCUUUGGCGGAGGUCUCGGCGGAGGUCUCGGCUACGGUGCUGGUCUUGGGUAUCCCGGAAUAGGUUACGGAUUUGGCAUCCCUAGCUAUGGUUACGGUCUGCCAUUGGCUACAUACCCACCCCUGUACGGUGGCUUUGGGUACCCCAGUUUGGGCGGCUACGGCUAUGGACUUGGUGGACUAGGUGGAUACGGUGGACUAGGAGGACUAGGUGGAUACGGUGGAUAUGGUGGGUUCGGUUAUCCGGGUUUCGGCGGCUUCGGCUAUUAAAAUGAAUCCCAUUGGGGGAUUUUAACAAAUGUAUUUAUUUCAAAGUGAAAUGUUUUUCACUGCGGUCAUCUGCGUUCGCUGUCAUUUGAAAUGUAAAGGAAAUGAUUUCAGAGAUGCCGAAUUGAUCCUAUAAGGUCCAACCUGAUAUGUAACGCGUCCAAUAACAGAGUCUCUUACAAAAUAACCAAUCAUUUUCACUCUCUGCCUCAUUCAAAAUUAGUCCUAUCCCAUUUGACCCACUUUUGUGCAUAUACUCGUGUGUCUUAUUUGUCUCUCACCUGUUGUAAAAGAAAAAAAAAAGAGUCUAUACUUUACACUGGCAUCAGUGCUCUCAA